AUGAUGUUGAUCAAAUUCUUUGAAGAGCCCUUGCCCAUUCCAUUUCCAACUAUAGCCAAGAAAGCAAACAAGCAAAAAGAUCUUGACCCCACUGUGGUGGAAAUUUUUGAGAAAGUUAAAGUUACCGUCCCUCUCUUUCAAGCCAUUCAACAAGUGCCGAAAUAUGCUAAGUUUCUCAAAGAUGUGUGCACUCACAAAGACAAGCUUGGUAACCUCAACAAAAAGCCCGUAGAUGAUUCUAUCUCUUCUUUACUUCCUGAAAAAUGCAAUGAUCCCGGCCCAUGUUUGGUGACUUGUUUAAUUGGUAGGAUUAAGUUCAUAGACUGUAUGUGUGAUUUGGGGGCAUCUGUGAGCAUCAUGCCACUCCCCAUCUAUGAAAGAUUGAACUUAUCUCUCCUAAAGAGGUCCGGGGCGAGGUUUGUAUUACCCGACAAGAGUAUUGUGUCAGUUAUGGGGAUUGCAGAGAAUGUCAUAGUGAAUAUUCAAGGAUUGCUCUCUCCAGUUGAUUUUCACAUUUUGAAAACCCUUCCCAUUGACUCAACCAAGCCAUCAUCAAUACUCCUUGGAAGACCAUUCUUGAAGACGGCCCGUUUCAGGCUAGAUGCACACUCGGGAGUCUAUUCUUUGGAGUCGGAUGUUGAAGACGAAUUGAGUGAAGAAUGCAACGAGCAAGGAAAAGAGAAUAGUGCCAAGGAGUCAAAUUCAAAGGAUCAUGUUCAACCAAAGCAAGCCAAGGAGUUGGAGAUUUUCCUCCUUAGGGAAAUUUCUUAA